AUGGCGGCGCCCAUGAACGAUGUCGAUCCAUCCGCGAGGCUGAUUGCACCGGAUGGUCUGCCACUUGCUAUCAUCGUCAUCUCAUCCAUCUUCUUCGCUCUUUCUAUUGUCACUGUAGCGUUACGAACUUACAUUCGAAUCAAGAAAAGGAUAUUCGGCUUGGAAGAUGCUUUCAUGGUUGUAGGCACAAUCGCAUACAUCCCCGUUACGGGUCUGGCAAUCUACGGCUGUCUCGCUGGCCUAGGAAGAAUGAACGAAGAUCUGAAUGCAUGGCAGCAGUCGGAAGCCAUCAAGUACUACCUCAUCUGGAUCUUGGUGUACGUUGUCGCACUUGCGACUGUCAAAUCUUCGGUGUGCAUCACGAUCAGGCGAAUUGCAUCCAUCAAGAAGCCUAUGAGAAUCACAGUCUGGGUUCUACUCGCUGUUACAUGGGCAUCUUUCCUCGUUACCUUUGUUGGAACGUUGGCUUAUUGCCAGCCGGUGCGCGCUUUGUGGACUCCGACGUUGAUCAUGAGUGGCGACGGAGAGUGCGCUUCUGCGGAGACAUUCCUAAUCAUCGCGCACACUGCGACAGUAUCGACAAUCUUGACCGACAUGGCCUUGGUAGUUGUGCCGGCUAUCAUCCUGUGGAACACGCAGAUGAAGAGACAAUCGAAGCUCCAAGCAUUUGGGCUGCUUUCCUUCGCCUCACUCGCAUCAAUCAUCACAAUGAUACGCAUCCCCUUCGUCAACAAAUUCGAGUCCCAGACCAACCUCCCCUUCUGGGUCGCCCACAUCGUCCUUUGUUCGAACGUCGAAACAGGCAUCGGAUGCUUCGCAUCCUCCCUCCCAGCCCUGCGCCACUACUUCCAAAACGAACGCGACAACAGCACCGAUCCGAACAGCAAGCACCGUGUAGCAACGACUAUCACUGCAGGCGGCCGUUCGCGCAGACAAAGAGGAGGAGACAGCUACCACGGGCCCUCGGAUCAUGGCUUCAGCUUGUCGGCUGUGCAUCAUGGGCGCGAUCAGGAUGCGUGGGAGAGGAUACAUGAUGGCGCUUCGGAUAAGAGCACGGCGCCGAUGAACGAUAAGAGGAUUUAUCAUGAUAGGACGUAUACUGUUGAUGUUGAGUCUGCUUGA